AUGGCCGCCCAAGGUUCCGAGAGCAGUGAGAAGUCUGUCCUGGUUCCCUUGACCAACUCUCUCUAUGUGCGUGGGGAGUUGUCAGACCCUAAACAUGUCAUCGUCGACAUCGGCACCGGCUUCUAUGUUGAAAAGGCAUGUUUCACUCUCAUCUAUCGCGCGCCUGAUUGCAAACUUCGGCUAAGCAACUGA